AUGCUGCGCAAAGAGAAGGCCGACCCCGGCUCGCCCGCCGCGGGCUCGGGGACCUCCGCCGUGCGGCAGAAGCGGGCAGAGGAGGACCCUGACGCCGAAGAGUCGGGCAAGAAGAGUUAUCAAGAGGUCCACGGAAGGGUGCCUGGAGGACCUGUGAGAGAUAGCAAAGGCUUGGCGGUGCAGAGCACUGGAAGACCAACUGAAAGACCCAAGAAGAGCUACGAAGAGGUGCACGGAAAGAUGCCUGGCGGCCCCGUCAUCGAUGAAGAUGGCCUGGCUGUGCAAUCCACUGGAGAGCCCUUGGAGUCUGAAAAGCCGAAGAAAUCCUAUGAGGAGGUCCACGGCAAGAUGCCUGGUGGCCCCGUCAUCGAUGAAGAUGGCCUGGCUGUACAGUCCACUGGAGAGCCCUUGGCGUCGGAGAAGCCCAAGAAGUCCUAUGAGGAGGUCCAUGGCAAGGUGCCUGGAGGACCUGUGAGAGAUAGCAAAGGCUUGGCGGUGCAGAGCACUGGAAGACCAACUGAAAGACCCAAGAAGAGCUACGAAGAGGUGCACGGAAAGAUGCCUGGCGGCCCCGUCAUCGAUGAAGAUGGCCUAGCUGUCCAAUCGACGGGCGAACCCUUGGAGUCCGAAAGCAGUUCCUCGGAUCCUUGGGCAGAGGUGUCGGAUGAGGCGGCCCUCACCCGCAUCAAGGAAGAGGAAUGGGAGAUCACUGAGGUGACCGGCGAGCCGAGCAGCGCGGCCCAGCUGAGCGCGAAGGAUCAGGAGCUCGUGGAGUUCCGAGCCAACGCCAGCCAGCGCCGCUGGCUGGUCUCGGCCGAUCUGUCCGAGAACCAGCUGCCCAACACGGCGGCGAUCGCGGGACCCCUGUGGUUGAGGCAUUUGAAUUUGGGGAUGAAUCCGUUGGAGUCUUUGGACGGCCUGGGCAGCUCCUUUCCAAGGUUGCUGGUGUUGGAUGUCAGCUUCAACGAGCUGGGCGCCAUGGAUGGCGCUUGGAAGGCCCUGGCCGCGAUUCCCAAGCUUCAACGCUUGGUGGCCGAGGGCUGCCGCAUCCAGAGCUUCGAGGAGCUCCAGGAGAUGCCCCAGUUGCGCACCUUAGAAGUCAGCGACAACUUGCUGGAAGACCUCGAAGAGUUGGACGUCUUGGCUGGAAAGUGCACCUCCCUGGUGGAGCUCGACUUCAGAGAGAACGAAGCUUGGGAAAAGCCCGGAUACGCCAAGAAGAUUGACCAGCUUUUUCCCAAUCUCACUUGGCUGGACAACCAGUCGCGGAAGAAGUAUGUGGCGAAAGGAGCGGAGGCCACCUACUCGGCCGAGACCAUGCGCGAGAAGGAGGUCGCGGCGGUGGAUGGUAUGUUCAAGAAUGAGUCCUGCUCUUGCAUUGAAGGCAACCCGUGCCUGGACCGAGCGACCUGCAAAGACUGGGCCAACCGCGAGAAGGUGGCAGCCGAAGCUCGCAAGAAGAAGGGCUUACGAGAUGAUACAGGCCCGCUGGGGGAUAGGCAAGAUCCUCUGACGCGUGAAGAACACGCCAAAGGCGAAUUCACGCAGGUGUUGACACUGGAUGUGCCCCUCAUGUCUUCGGCCGCGAUGGGCGCUGAUCGGUUUCAAGGAUCAGCGAAAAACCUGGUCGGGGCACUUUGCCGGGCAGCUAGCGAUGGUUCAUGGGCCCCUGCUUUGAAGAUGUGGACAGGUCCCUGCAAAUACCGCGGGGGCGGACGCCGGGACAUCGGCGACGUGCGCGACCCCGGCGACAGACCGGACCGGACCGGUUCCGUCGCGGGACGCAGCACUGGACCGGCGUUGGUGGAUCCGGAGACACGGGCCGGGGAGCGUGGCGCGAGACGGGGGGAUGAGACCGUGGGAGACGUAGGCGACGACUCCGUGGAUCGUCCGGGGAACCGAGCGCGACGUGGAGGCAGACGGGUCUCAUCACAGCUUUCGUUGGUUUCGCCCGCCAUGUGGACGUCCACCGGGCGAGUGGACACUUAUUCGACACAUGAGAUCCGUGACCCUCUGGCGGCGGCCGUGGACCCUGCCAGCGGCGAGGUCUAUGUCUUGUUGCGGAAUCGCCUCAUGCGCAUCAGCGACACGGAAGAAGUCUUUGAGGUGCCGGGCGCGGAAUCCUUGGAGGCGUUCUUCACCCCAGGAGCAGGUCGACAUUGCGCCGCGCUGGUCUCCGAAGGGCAUGUGCUGAUUGUGGGUGCCAACAAGCUACUCAUCGUCAAUGGCCACAGCAAAGAGGCGAGGGCCGUGGAGGACGCCCGAUGGCAUUUGUGCGCAGCAGAUGGCGCCAAGAUCCUCCUGGCAGACAAGGACGGCUCAGUCCAUGCAGCUGAGCACCCGCUGUCCCAUGCGUCCUUCCCGGGCAGCACCACAGUGAUCUGCCAGUGCCCGGGUAGUCACAGCAAGAUUGAUGCCAACUGUAUCGGUCAGGUGGAGGAUUUCGUGCAGCAGAACCGCGUGAUGCGGCCGCGCGAUUCUGGCUCCGUGAUCGCGGCCUUGGCGGCGGGAAACGGCCAGGUCUUUCUUUGUAAAGGCCACGGCUUGAUGGUGGCCGGCGACAGCGGGUCGCUGGAAGAGGUUCUCAAGGAUGAACGGUCUUCGAAGUCCUUGGCGUUCCCUUCUGCUUUGUAUUUGGUGGGGAGCACGCUCUUCUCACAAUGCGCCGACGGUCUCCGAACGGUGGAGCCUGCUGUUGGUGGAGCGGUCGCGCUGGCGCUGACGGCUGGAGAGAUGGUGUUGGAGGGCGAUCCUGGCUCUCCGGAGCCGAAUCCCAAGGAUUUCAUUGGUGUGGAUGCAUCCUUUUGCUAUUUCCUCGUGGAGCGCGACUUCCACACCGGCCAAGCACUCCGCCGCUGGCGCCACGGCGGCCGUUCGAGAAAGGUGGGUGCAGAAAGCCCGGCACUGGCGGCGGCUCCUGACGGGGCCGAAGAAAUGAAGGUCACCGCCCACAAAGGCACACGGUUCUACCUCCGGGCGGCAGAGAACAUGCUCAAAGGCAUUGCAGUCACCAAGGAUGGCGAGGUCAAGAAAGCGGUCGAGAAUCUGCGAGUCACGGCGCUGGGGAAAGCCAUCGACAUCGCCGUCGCGGUCGCGGUGUCGAUUCAACAAAGUGGAUUGGCCAAGAUCACGCGUGUUCAGACGUCCUACGUCAGCAUGGAGGCGUCGAACGUUCCGCAGAUCCUCGUCGAUGUGGCAAAGACCUGAGCGAGCGCGGCGAAGCCGCGACUCCCGCGGUGGAUCGGAACAUCGCCAAAGAGCAUGAGGAAGAUGUAAAA